CAGCCUCGCUAUGCAGUCUUCGUUGGGCACAGCCGAGAAACGGCGCGACAACGAGGAGAGAACCGAUUAAGUAUUAGUUCAUAAGAUAUAUCCGAGGCAUAUAUCCUCCACCAUAGGUUUUGUGUCUGUUUUGUUUAUUUAGGCCACCGUGCAAUAAAUAUAGUUCGGCCAAUUGUCCGCCUAUAGGCAGGGUCAUUGCGCGAUCUUUUUCUGGGAUCAAACAUCGGAGCUUGUCGUCAAGGGAACGGUGAUAUUUUCCUGUUAACUUCACAGGUGACAAGACCUUGGUAGCGUAUAUAUUUUGGCCCUUCUCUUAGAGAAGAAAACGCUUAGUUAAUGAUACUACAACUAAAACUCAAAUGCGUCCAAACAACCUGAAGUCUAUGAUGGAGCGAAAUACACAGACAAGAAAUGGCUUCUUAUCACGCACUCUUGUAGGUUCAUGCUUGGCAAAAUGAUUCCCGUAUAUGUCUGCUCGGAUAACAUGCAAACCGAUUUGGUUAAACUAGUGAGCUGUGAUGGAGGAACGAUUAUGAGACAAAGAUUUGCACGAUUGGACGGUGUAAUUCCGGAUAUGAUAUACAGACGGGAUUACGUUUUUUGAUUAACAGCGCUGUUAAAUUGGAGAGAAGGAAGCAGAAAGAGAAGGAAGAUAACAGAUUCGGGUCACAAGUGGGAAAGAACAGCAUCGAUAGAGGUUAAUUCGUCUGCCAGAGGUGGUGGCUCAUACUGAUCAGGACAGGCUGCCAAACCUCAGUAGAGUUUCAAGACGGCAACCUGGGGAAAACUAUCACCCUGCUUGAAGACUGUUUUUUAUAAGCACUUUGCCUGCAGAUCUGCACUGGGACCUUGGUGACAUUACCCUGCGAUCCGGCCCUGUGAAGAGACAUCUGUGCAUGUAGUUUUUAACUAAUGGCUGAAUUUAAAGCUGUUUUGUUGAGAGUCUAAGCUCUAAAGCUGCAGUGGUGCACUUGCCUUCCUCAGCAGCAAACCACACAGUCUCUCCUCUUCACAUGUGACUUUUCACAAACGGUAAAGAAGUGACAGUGGUCACUGUCUGUCACAAUCCCAGGAACUGGCUUUUCUGUCCCUGUGAAUAGGUGAAGGCAUAUGUAUCCCGCUCCCCACUCUUAUUCAACAGAGCCUCUUUUCAGACCCCUCUCCUCCAAUUAUAUCUGCAGCAAGUGUCUUUGCUUCAGAGUAGAGGGUUUUUCUGAAGCGUCUAAGACGCCUCCACCUGUGGCUUCACAUUAAGUGUGCCUCCAGGUGCUUGUCUUUCGACUUUUUGAUUAUCACUUGGGAACGCCUUUGUCACACACCCUUGUGGUGUGCAGGUGUGAAGAUGGCUCGGCCCAGUCCUGGCCUGCUGGUGUCAGUUGGAGGGGGCAUGGGUUACCCCCCACAGAGCAUGGCCCGGGUGGUGGUGUGGGAGUGGCUCAACGAGCACGGGCGCUGGAAGCCAUACAGUGCAGCUGCAUGCCACCACAUUGAGAACGUCCUAAAGAGUGACGCCCGCGGCACUGUGGUCCUGGGGCAGGUGGAGCCGCAGCUUGUACCCUACGUCAUCGACCUGCAGUCCAUGCACCAGUUCCGACAGGACACAGGUACAAUGCGGCCAGUGCAGCGUAACUUUUAUGAUCCGUCCUCGGCUCCUGGCAAAGGUGUGGUGUGGGAGUGGGAGAAUGACAAUGGUUCCUGGACACCCUACGACAUGGAGCUGUGUGUGAGCAUCCAGAACGCCUAUGAGAAGCAGCACCCAUGGCUGGACCUCAGCUCACUGGGCUUCAGCUACCUGGUGGACUUUGACAGCAUGGCCCAGACCAACCGCCAGAGCCAGAGAAGGCGCCGCAUCCGCCGGCGCAUGGACCUUGCCUACCCACUCAUUGCCGGCUCCAUCCCCAAGUCCCAGUCAUGGCCUGUGGGAGCCAGCUCGGGUACGCCCUGCUCAUGCCAGCAGUGCCUGCUGGUACACAGUACACGAGCUGCCUCUAAUGCCAUCCUGGCCUCACAACAGAGGAGAAGGCUGUACGGUGAGGCGGGCGGAACCAGGGGACCAGGUGAUAAGACAGCUCCCACUGUUCGGCAGAGCAGCACGUUCGCUGGUACCUCCCUCUGGUCACCGGUGGUCAACGUGGCUGGAGGUCACCAUAACAACAUAGCAGUGGGUGGGGGAGGAAAUGGGAAAGUGGAGAUGAGCGACUUGAACUUCCCCUGCAGUUCGGCACUGGUGACACUGUCAGCCAAUCACACGCUGAUGAUUAACGGGCAGAAUAAUUUGAACCGGCCAGGAACGCAGCGCAUUGUGGUGUCCACCAGUCGAGGAGCUAUCCCAGCAGGCAGGGUACCUGCCCUGCCUGUUAAAAAUCUUUCUGGCUCAGGAUCUCUCCAUCCAGCGCUAGCAGGUAUGACAGGUAUUCUGAUGUGUGCCGCGGGGCUCCCUGUGUGUUUGACUCGCGCUCCCAAACCCAUUCUGCACCCACCGCCAGUCAACAAGAGCGACCUGAAGCCUGUACCGGGAGUCAAUGGCAUCCGUCGUAAGACCAAUAAGAAACACCUCCGCAAAGGCAAGAACCCGGAGGAUGUCGUCCGCAGAUAUACAGAGAAAAUCAAAGUAGCUCCUGAUGAGGACUGUACCAUCUGCAUGGAAAGGCUGAUAACAUCAUCAGGCUACGAGGGUGUGUUGAGUCACCGGGGCAUUAAGCCAGAGCUGGUGGGCAAACUAGGGAAAUGCAGCCAUGUAUUUCAUCUUCUCUGCCUGGUAGCCAUGUAUAACAAUGGCAACAAGGAUGGCAGUCUUCAGUGCCCUACAUGCAAGGCGAUCUAUGGGGAGAAGACAGGCACCCAGCCCCCUGGGAAGAUGGAGUACCACAUCAUCCCACACAGUCUGCCUGGCUACCCUGAUUCAAAGACCAUACGAAUAGUCUAUGACAUUCCUGCUGGCAUGCAGACCGUAGAACAUCCUAACCCGGGAAAGAAAUUCACAGCGCGGGGUUUCCCUCGGCACUGCUAUCUGCCUGACAAUGAGAAAGGCAGGAAGGUGCUAAAGUUAUUGAUCAUGGCGUGGGACAGGCGUCUGAUCUUCACCAUCGGAACAUCCAGCACUACAGGUGAAUCAGAUACAGUGGUUUGGAAUGAAAUCCAUCACAAGACUGAGUUUGGCUCCAACCUCACUGGCCAUGGCUACCCUGACCCCAACUACCUGGACAAUGUUCUGACUGAACUAUCUGCUCAAGGAGUGGGAGAGGAGAGCCUAAAGGACUGAUAAGAAGACUGUAGUGGGCUGCUGUGAAUCGCAUACAUGCACACAUAACUCACACCUCACACAUGCCCUCCACAUUUGGAGGAGCCUCUGACCUUUAGAGUGUCCUCUGACCUCUCACCUGAGAGUUCAAAAGGGAUGGAUGACCACAAAUGUUAUCUGAAGGAAACAUAGACAGAUGAGAUUAUGGCAGAGAAGGAGUUAUGCAGUGAUCUGUGCAUUGAUCAGUCAUGAUAACAAUAGCAUAUUGAUUCUCUUUCUGACUGACUGUCAGUCAUUAGCACCUGAGAUGGAGGAAUAGACUUGUCUUUUUUCUUGAUUACCAAAAAUACUAUGGGAGGUGCACUUUGUAAGGCACAACAGAGCUUUGCCUGGUUAUAUACUCAGUUGAUAUUGUGAAGGCUUUCAGACAAGUCCAUGAGUCAGUGGACAGCAUGGAAAACUAUAAUUUACAUGGUGAUUUUCUUAACCCAGGCCUGAGAGUGGGUGUGUGUAAGGGUUAAAUGGCUCUGGAUAGCAGAAUUGAACAACAUUAUAUUAUGGAUGAUUUAUUGAUAUUGGAGGUGGAGGUAAAGCUCAUGCUCUCUUAAUUUAUGGUCUCUGGUUGUUUGAUAUAUAACCACUUUAUACAUGGAGCAUUUGCAUUUGUGAAUCUUGUGUGUUUUUUUACAUCAGUCAGUCAGUCUAUGUCUUGAGUCUUUUCUGAUUAGUUUGUGUUCUUUUCUUUAUCCUGUUAUCCUUUUUUCUUGUUGAACAAGUUUUUAGAAAAAAGAGUAUUUGAUAUGAAGUAUGACUUGCUAAAACUUGUUUCAAGGACUCUGAUGUUGAAGCUGCGGGUGGGAACUCUUGUCCAGGUCUGGCGAAGGCCUCAACGCUUCCUUUUGCUCAGUGGGAGAGAAGUGACUCUGAUAAAGCGCUGAACUGGGCUUACUCAGAUUGUGCUUGAGCAGAUAAAUCAGGACUCUGUGCUUCCGUUCAAGGUUAAAUUCAAUUAUAGUGAACGAUCUUGCCGUGACACUGCCCUUGUUGAGGUGUACCCACUCAUUAUAGCACCCAUGGACACAGAGGGGCUCUGAGUGCAAUCAAUCUCAGCUUGGAGAGGUGUGUGUAUGUGUGCACAUGUGUGUGUUAUUGCAUUCAUAAGCACUCUUCGGUCCCAAAGCAAGAGCUCUUUGUGUACUCCUCAGUGGAAUAUGCCACAUAGAGGAGAUCAUCAGAGAUUUUGGGAGUCCACUGGGUAGUGGAAACAUCCAUCACAGUGCAGCAAUGAACAGCAAUGCUAGCUGGCCCACUAGCAACUUAAAACCAUUACUAAGGUUUUGAAGAGUGGUAAAAGGACAUGAGGCCAUUUCUCUGUGGAAGCAGAACGCAACCUUGAAGCUGGAGUCUGAGUGGUCUUCCGCAUGUUUCUAUAGGGCUUCCUCAGAGUCUGGAGCAUUUUUUUUUUAACCCAUAGCUGUUUUUUGUCCAGUUUGUCAGGGGUGCAGUUCUGUGUAGAAGUGAUGGUCAUCUUGUUGCUUUCUUGUAUCUGCAAGGCAUGUACAUGACACUUUCAAAUGUUGAACUCUCAAAAGCAGAAAUCUCGGUCUUCCUGAUCCUUCAAAUAAAGCAGCUUUCUUUAA